AUGAAUAUUUUAGCAUGUACAACCAAUGUAUGUUUAACGGGAUUCACUUGUCUUACGGUUGACAAUGCGGGAAGAGAAUGUACUUGUGUGAACAUUGCAACAAAUUGCAUACAAUUGGCAUAUCUAUGCAAUGAUCGUCUAUAUAGCUCCUUAAUGACUCAACGUUGUCCCCAAACCUGCAAUAGAUGUAAUGCUAGUGCAGAGAUGCUUUCAGCACUAAUAAAAAUUUCAGCAACAUUACCCUGCGUCGACCUCGCAAGACCUAAUGCCGUAUCUGACUGUCCAGCGAAUAAGAAUUUAUGUCAGAAUUCUCUUUACAUAAACGUUAUGAGAGAACAAUGCCGUAAAACCUGUGGAUUAUGUUAG